AUUAUUUUUUUCCUCUAAAAAAAAUUCUAUGAUGUUCUUCUUCUCUGGUAAACUUUCAGAAUCCAAAGCCCAAAACUCUCAAUUUCUUUACUGAAUUGUAUAUAUAUUUAUAUAAACACGUAUAUAUACAUAUAUUCAAAGUUCUUGUAAUGGAGAGCACGGACUCGUCGACUGGCUCGCAGCAGCCGAACCUCCCGCCGGGGUUCAGGUUUCACCCGACGAAUGAGGAACUAGUGGUUCACUAUCUCAAGAAAAAGGCUAGCUCAGCUCCUUUGCCGGUUGCAAUUAUUGCUGAAGUUGAUUUGUACAAGUUUGAUCCAUGGGAAUUACCAGCAAAAGCAACGUUUGGUGAGCAAGAAUGGUACUUUUUUAGUCCUAGGGACCGGAAGUAUCCGAAUGGGGCGAGGCCAAACAGGGCGGCAACGUCAGGUUACUGGAAAGCUACUGGAACCGAUAAGCCGGUGUUGACUUCAGGUGGUACUCAAAAGGUUGGUUUGAAGAAGGCACUAGUCUUCUAUGGAGGGAAGCCACCUAAGGGGGUCAAAACAAAUUGGAUCAUGCAUGAGUAUAGACUUGCUGAUAAUAAAACUAACAACAAACCCCCUGGAUGUGACUUUGGCAACAAGAAAAAUUCACUAAGGCUUGAUGAUUGGGUGUUGUGUAGAAUCUACAUGAAGAACACGAACAGACCUCUGGAACAUGAUAAAGAUGACUCCAUUGAUGACAUGCUCAGAACCGUACCUCCAUCGAUAUCUAUUGGCAGCCAUCACAAUACAAAAUUCCAGUUCUUGACAAAGGGAACAAGUUUUGGCCCAUUGCUCGAAGCUCAAGAACAUAGUCUGUUCGAUGGAAUGCUAGGGAGUACUGAUGGGAUCAACAAUGGUUCCAUUUCUAAUCACUUGGGAUGUUCAAGCUCAAAGGGAGACUUAUCCAUGGUUAAUCCUCUCAAAAGGAUACUCUCGUCGCUUUACUGGACCGAAGAUGAAACCGCGGGGCCUUCGACGAGAAAGCGAUUCCACGGGGAUAGCAACGACGGUGAAAGCUUGGAGAAAACAGACGGGAAUGGUUCGAUCGCCACUCUUCUUAGCCAGCUACCACCAACCCCUCCGUUGCAGCAGCAACAGCAACAACAACAAGAAGAAGCAAUGUUGGGAGGGAUCGGAGACGGGAUGUUUCGUCCUCCAUAUCAGCUUUCGGGGCUCAACUGGUACUCUUAAUUCGAUCUUGAUAAAUACUCCAUCUAUAUAUAAAAAAUCAAAAUUUUCAAGUAGCUUGGGAGCUUGUCCAGUAUCAUGUUACAUAGGUGUUGAUAUACUGUCGCCAAUUAUAGUGAUGAAGAAUUUGGGAUAAAAAGAUUGAGAUUUUGGUUUAUUAGGUCAGAGAUUAGAAGAGUCAGGCCUCAUUGUUUCUUUGAGUGUAACAUGUAGCUGCCACGAAUUUAAUCUCUUGAGGCCAUAGGUAAAUUUUAUAAUAUAUAGUUACAUAUAUUGUAUACAUAUACAUAUAUUGUAUACAUAUACAUACAUUCAUAUAUAUAUAUAUAUAUGAGGGAGGUGGAAACUUGCUGUAGAAAAAGAAAUUAAUAAUAAAACUGAUGAACAUAUGA